ACAAAAGCAUCAUCUGAAACUGCUUUACGCUUCAAAACGAGCAAAAGUCCUACUUGCACCAAGUCACAAGCUUUGCUCUCCCAUCUAUAGCUUACAGAGAUACCAUGGAAUCGACUUAAAGGUGGAAUAAUUUUAGAGUAUUAGGUUUAUUUUGGAGCUCUGAGUCAUCUGAGUGGCGACGUGGUACAGAAGGCGUUUUCACGAUGACGACUGAAUACAUGACGGGAAGUUCGCGCUCCAACCCUGCAGACCGGAUGGGGAACACCAGUGGAUCCCCGGCAGACCUGCGGACCCUGUCGGAGGUGGAUGUACAGCUGCACGGUCAGCGCAAGGACAUCAACCUCCCGGGGGACUUCCAGAACGACAAACUGGCCUUCAUCGUCGAUAACGUCUUCUCAAAAAAGGAAUGUGAAGAGCUGAUUCGGCAGACAGAAGACCAAGGAUAUGAAGUUGCCAUGCUCAAUGUUGGAGGAGGAAGACAGAUCCUGGCCACAGACUAUAGGAACAGUGAGCGAUGCAUCAUGGACUCCACGGAGAGAGCAGAGCAGAUCUGGGAGAGAAUCAAACAGUACGUGCCUCGUAGAUGGGCCAGGAGGAAGGUGCUGGGGCUCAACGAGAGACUGAGAUUUCUGAAGUACGGUCCAGGUAACUACUUCCAUCCACACAUGGACGGGAGUUACCGCCGGGAAAACGGGGAAAGGAGCUACCUCACGCUCAUGCUGUACUUAAACGAGGGCAGUACCGGAGGUGCCACAAACUUCAUCUCACCCAUGUUUGCCACUGGGGACAAGAUCAAGGAGAAAGUGCCUGUCAUUCCUAAACCUGGUCGCGUCCUGGUGUUCCAACACGACAUUUACCACGAGGGCGAGGAGGUGACGGCCGGAGUGAAGUACGCCAUGAGGACGGACGUGAUGUAUGGUGCUGAACCGGUCCAGGAGGAGGAGGAGGAGGAGAAAGAUUGACUUCCUCCUCUUCAUCUUCUGGUAUCUUCCAGGGUUGGACAAGUUUUCAAAAUUUCACUUGUCCUAUCGGGCAAGUACACAAAAAAUCCACUUGCCCGAACCAACUUUUCACUUGCCCGGAAUUCAAAUGACAUUUCUUCUGUGUAUUUUCACUUCCAAAAUGGAAUUGUUUUAUCAUUGACUUCUUUUCUGUGUUUACCAACGCUUGACACCAUGACUAUGAAAAGUUACAGUGUAUCAAAAUCUCACCCAUGGAAAAAUUGGGCAAGUAGGGUUGGACAUGCACUUGCCCCAACAGCAUUUUCACUUGCCCGGGACAAUCGGACUAGUGGACUUGUCGAACCCUGCCUUCAGGUUACCCCUAUGCCAUGUUGUACAGCGCAGAACCAGUUGACAAAGAAGAAGACUCAGAGAAGGAGUAACCUAGACCAGCUAAGGUUAUGCGUUGUACUAUAAUUGCUUAGUACCAUCCGUAUAGCAGUUGGCUCCAACGUUUAUUAUGAACUAUAUACAGUCGCUUCUUUAUUGCUAUUGUCUGCCUGGGAACCUUGACAUCUCUAUUAAUUGUCUGGAAUCUUCCAAAUUUUGGACGAGAGUGCUGAUUGGUCCCCAUACACGAGCAAAUUAAGGAAUGGGUUCAAGCGCUUAUUCUAACAGGUGUUCCAACACCUGAAAUGCCCUCCUUCCACUUGCGAGAGGGCCUGUUGUCAUCACACAAGCGCUCUAGAACCCGUUCCUUAAUUUGCUCAUUAACUGACGUCAACACCAAAAGGUUUGAAUGUGCAGUUCCCCAGACGGGUAGCAGAAGCAAACAUGGGAGCAAACUUCUACCCAGACGGUACCCAGGCUACAAAAAGGCAGCAUCACAGGAAAAUAUCUCGACCCUGCAUGUCUGAGUUCUAAAAUACCUUUUUGGACUCCACUAACAGUCCACGAUCACUGCCUGGCUUUUAGGGAUCACCUGAUGUACAUGGAGCCCUUUUGCAAUACUCUAAAAGAGGACAAAAAUUGU